CGCUACUCGCUCCUGCACAGCAGUGGUGUGGCCGCUCUGAACGCACUCUGACGGGAAGAAGAAAACACUCAAAGUGAAGGCCUCUAACGUGUUCACAGCGACGAAGGAUAUAACACUCAUAUAACUGUUUUCUAGUCUUAGUUCCAGUUUUUUGUAUUUGAUAGCCUUGUUCAGAAACAAGAAGGCUCAUAAUGGCGACAGCUGCGGUGUCUGCCCCUGCUGGCCCCAGCCCCGGGUCGGGGACGGAGCUAGUCCGCGGACAGGCCUUCGACGUCGGGCCUCGGUACAGCAACCUCUCCUACAUCGGAGAGGGAGCCUACGGGAUGGUGUGCUCUGCCUAUGAACGAGACAACAAGAUACGUGUGGCCAUUAAGAAGAUCAGCCCUUUUGAGCACCAGACCUACUGCCAACGCACCCUGAGAGAGAUCAAAAUCCUUCUGCGCUUCAAACAUGAAAACAUCAUCAGCAUCAACGACAUCAUCCGCACACCUACCAUUGACCAGAUGAAGGACGUAUACAUUGUCCAGGAUCUCAUGGAGACCGACCUGUACAAGCUCCUUAAGACUCAGCACCUGAGCAACGACCACAUCUGCUACUUCCUCUACCAGAUCCUGAGAGGGCUGAAGUACAUCCACUCUGCCAACGUCCUGCACCGUGACCUGAAGCCCUCCAACCUUCUGCUCAACACCACCUGUGAUCUCAAGAUCUGUGACUUUGGUUUGGCACGUGUGGCUGAUCCUGACCACGAUCACACUGGGUUCCUAACAGAGUAUGUAGCCACUCGUUGGUACAGAGCACCUGAGAUCAUGCUCAACUCCAAGGGCUACACUAAGUCCAUAGACAUCUGGUCAGUGGGCUGCAUUCUGGCCGAGAUGUUGUCCAACAGGCCAAUCUUUCCUGGGAAGCACUACUUGGAUCAGCUCAACCAUAUUUUGGGAAUCCUGGGCUCUCCCUCUCAGGAGGAUCUCAACUGCAUCAUCAACAUUAAGGCCAGGAACUAUCUUUUGUCGCUGCCUUUACGCUGCAAAGUGCCGUGGAACCGCCUCUUCCCCAACGCUGAUCCCAAAGCUCUGGACCUGUUGGACAAGAUGUUGACCUUUAACCCUCACAAGAGGAUCGAGGUGGAGGAGGCCCUGGCGCACCCUUACCUGGAGCAGUAUUACGACCCAACAGAUGAGCCUGUUGCCGAGGCCCCAUUCAAGUUUGACACGGAGCUGGAUGACCUACCCAAAGAGACACUGAAGGAUCUCAUCUUUCAAGAAACUGCACGUUUCCAGCUCGCAUUUAAGUCCUAACAUCUCAAACAGAUGUUUCUGUGGACUGGCUCCUGCGUGGCCACCUCCUCACCUCCACACUGUUGCUGUGAUUGGUUUAUUUUUUCUGGGUUUUAUUUUUCCUCUCCUGUCGUCCACAUCACCCACCCCCUUGGGUCUCACUCGUCAAGUCCACUCUGCUCAGGAAUGGCGUCAGGAAUCAACCAAUCAAUCAUUCUCUUCUCUCUCUUCUCUCUAUUCUCUCUCUCUCUCUCUCUGUCUCUGGGGUGAGGGGCAAUGUGGAGGUUUACAUCACAGCUUACAGUUUUGGGGGUGAUUUUGUGUUUUAAGCCAAGAUAAACAAUUGUUUUUGUGUGUCUCAAAGGUGUUUGGCUCUGGCUAUACCUUUCCAAGACCUUUGUAUGUGCAGUGGAAUGAGCGUGAUACACAAGCUGUUGUGUUUAUUUGGUGCGACUGUCCUGAUGGUCACUCUGCGUUCAUUGCAAGAACAAACAGUAUAUCACUUCUAAGAAUCAUUCAGCAUAAAAAAGGGGUCUUUUGAAUUUUCUAACCUUUGUUACAAGGGAUACAUUGAUCUCUAUCUUUGUCUCUCUUUAUCUUUUUGCUGAAUUAAAUCAACUGAUUUAUGCAAUGAAAUAACAUAAUCAGCGACUUAACAGGCCAAAAGCCAUGACUUGGUGUUGAUGAGGAUCUAUAUUUUAAUAAAGACCUAUUUUAAUCCUCAACACUCACUAGGCCCAAAUGCAAAUAUAUAUACAUAAAAAUAUAGCCCAAAGAGUCUUAAGAUAUGUUAAGAGUGAGGAUCGAAGGUGAAUCAGAUGCAUUUAUAACCAAUUAUGUUUUCCUUUUUUAAUUAUUUUUUCAUCAAACACGAACAAAAAAUGCCCAUCUUCAUUUCUCAUUGGCUUUGAUACAAUUUCAGGGUUGUGUAUAAAUGCACAAAUUACAAGUGCAUUGAAAGAUUUUCACCAUCAAUUUCUGCCUUAGCCACGAGCAACCUAAAGGAAAUGUCUGUUUAUAUCAUAAGAGUCUGUAUGUACAGUAUGAUGUUUUUCACAUGGGAGAACAUUUUCCGCGCUCAGACAACAACGCAGUUAUCACAGAACUUGUUUUUGUCUGGAGGAAAUGUUGUCGUGCCUCGUCUUUCUAUCUGUUACAUGUUUUCUUUUCUCUUCAUCUCCAUUCUGUUAAUUCCUCUCUCGCAAGCCUUGUUAGAAUAAUACUGUGCCCUUUGCAUGACUGUUAUAAGCUCUGUAAACAAAGACAACGAUGUAAAGUGCCACACCAGCCAAGGGACAGCGCCCGGCUCUUUCUGUUCCACCUUUUGUGGUAUGUCACACUUUUCAAUCACAUGGUGCUUUUUGUCCGGUAUCCUUUUUUAGCUGUGUUUAUGUAACUUCCAUUUACAGGUUAUAGACUCCUCGUUUCUAGCCAAACUCCAUCCUGCAUGCUGAGGUGUCUUGUUGUGGUUGCAAAAUAGGAGAAUAACCAUAUUACUGUAUUUAUGCCAACCACACAAAAAACACAAAACAAGUUUCCCAAAUGGGACAAAUGGGAUCCAGGCAUGGUACAGUUGAAAGAAAUACUCAAACAUAACAGAUCGGGUUUUCCCAUUUAGUCUGUUGUGACUUUUUUUGCGUUGAAUUGCACAUUUUCAGGCUGAUAACAGUUGGCAGUGUCAGUAACUACUGACAAACGCAUUUCAGCCAAAAAAAACAGCAGAAGUCAAGGCCACAUUUUUCUGUUUUUGUCAGUUACCGCUGAUUAAAGACUGUUGAAUAUAAAGAUUUUUUAUUUUAAGCAAAGGAUCAAAGUCUAAAUAUAUGUGGCGAAAAACAACCAACCAUGUCAUUUAAUCUGAGUAGCACUGCAGCGUCAAGCAUAUAUACUAGUUUCAUGGUACACCUAGCCAUUUGUCUGCUUACAGUACUGCAGCUUCAAAAGAAAAAAACAUUUAGUGCUGUGUAAGUGACUUAAUGAAUGAAACAAAGAAGUAUUAAUCACGACACUAAAACGUCUCAAAGUAGAUUGAAGUUCAAAUCGACUGAAAGGAUUCUUCAGGAAUGCUGGCACUUAAAGUAAGACAUUAGAGAGUUAAUUAUAAAAUAAGACAAUUUCAUAGCUCUGCUUCAGCAUUGUCAUAUAUCAUUUGUGAAGUAUAAAGGUCUCAUACAUUUCAGAAAGAUUGAGUCGUACAAAUAUUUCUCUAAGGGCAGAGCUGCUCUGGUUGAAAUAAAUCCGUUUUUUCUUUUAAUUGUUCCGGCUCAAUAAUAAUAGACUGAAAUUGAGAAGGGGCUUAGUGUGGAGGCUCUGCUGAAAUGCACUCAAGCCAUAACUGGUCUUCAGACCACAUCCAGCAGGGAUGUCACGCUGUACCGACACACCGUAUAGUACACCUCUACAUCACUGCAGCCAGGGGGUUUUCAGAGGUUGUUAAGAAGUGACACUUCAGAUUAUCUGUAAUUAUCAAAAGCAAGAUGGCUCGCAUGCUGACAUAACAGAUGUGUUACUUGAAAUUGUUAUUAUUUCCAGGUUUACUGCAAAGAACUAUAUAGUAUGGCCAUAAUUACAAGUAAAUAGGAGACGGGGUUAAAUAGAGUUACAACAAACUAUUAUUUUCACCUGCCGAUCCGACUAUUUAUUAAUAUGAUUGGUCAAAAAAGAAUGUCAGAUAAUCUUUCCCUGAUAUUGUUUUUUUCUUUAACGGAAAAUGUUUAGUAUUUUACCCUAAAAUACAACCCUUGAUCAGAACCUUUAAAGAUUAAAGUCAUCAGCUGGUGCUUGAAUCCCUGUAGUGCUAAAUUGGUCCACAUAAUUGCGACAAUACCACAACCUAGUCUUUAAGGCAGAACGAAGGUUAGAUUCAAAAUUGUGCAAUAUUUGUAAGUUUACAGUUAUUAACAAAUGACAUCCUGUUGAGGAAAUUCCUCUGAACACAUGAAACUCAUCUGAAAAAAACUGUCUAUAACUUUAUUUUUAUUUUUGUGUCCUAUAAUAAGUGCACAAUUAUACAGGGAGCUUUUAAGAAAAUAUUAGGAUACACCAGACCUGCAAAAUAGAGUGUUACCAGAACAUAUCAUACAACUUAAGUAUUACAAAAAAAAGAUCAGUUUACUCUUUGCUCACACACAAACAAAAAAUGUGUUUCCAUCGACAGAUUUAACCAAUCUGAAGACGUUAAUAAAAAAAAUACCAAAACUCCAUUGCAGAAAUGACAGUUUUUGCACUCUCAAACUUCCCCUGUACACUCACUGAACACACCGUCUGCCACAGGAUGAUUCAUGCACUUCUACAGUAGUUGGGAGUAGGACUUUUAAUCCGAGGUGCCUGCUGGGACUUGACUUGCCUGUAGAUAGUCUUUAGUUUUUAGAUUCUUUUUUGGGGGGGGGGUUCAAUUAGAACAUAAAGGGCACUGGAAACCUUACUGGGACUAGUUGUAUAAAAAAGCUUCUGCUGAGUUCUUCGUGCAACCUGUCUGUGUGUGCCUUUUUUGAUAGUCUUGAUAUCCAAGAUUUGAUGUGCAGCUUUUGUUCAGUCGGGAAUCCGUUUGUAAUCGCAGUAUACGCUCUUAAAAAUGAACAAUCAAGUCUGAGGGUGGGAGGGGUCGCGGGGGUUAUCCUUCUCUUCAGUUUUGUAAUUUUUUUUAAAAGAUGUGUGAUUUGUGAUUGUAUUGAAAAUGCUAAAAAGCAAACAUUUCAAUUAUUAUGUGUUACCCUUUUAUUUUCCUUUUUUUUGGGGGGGGGGAGUUUUGUGCGGAUAUUUUUUUAUGUAAAAUGAAUGUUAUGUUUCUAUCAGACACUAAUCUUGUUUGAGUUGUCUCCAGUAGAACCUCUUCACUGUAUGUUUUGAAAAUCAGUAUAAACCUUUAAUUGUGUAGUUAACAUUUCUGAAAGAGAAAAAGUAAGAUCCUUGGUUGUAUUUUAAAGGUCCCUCUAUGACCUGCCAUAGACAAUGUUUGAAUUGAUCGGUCAGUUUUAUUUUGCUGUCGUGUGAAGGAUCUGACUUGUACGAAGCAUUUCUUUGCUAUUAUUAAAGACUGACUGCCACUUUGAAAA